AACAAAAUGUGCAGAGCAGUGGGCCUCCAGGAAUAACGUCAAGAACUGCUGGUAUAGAGGAUCAGAUGUUGUGCAAUGUCCUAGAAUUCCAAGGAAGCUGGUUUCCUGGAUUGAGCAAUUUCUACUGUGUUUUGUAUUUCCACAAAAAUGCACGACUGAAGACUCCACUGGAGAUCUCAAAGAGGAAAGAUAAUGGGAUCACAUUGAGGAACGGAAAGGAUCGAUCAGAAACUGCUAAUACAAAAAAUGAUCAGAGACCAAAAGAGCUUGAAAUCAGGCAAGAGAAACCUAAGAAAAUCCUGGACGUAGUAAAGAGGAGAAAAGGUGCAAUCGCUGAGUUUUUGGAUGCUCCGGAGCAGGUGGUGGUUUGUGUCGGUGACCGAGCUGAACUGCAGUGUUGUUUCAGUAGCGAUGAGCCUGUGGCGUCCUGCUGGAUUCAUAACAGACAACAGGUUGUAUCGGAUGGUUUACGUUCAAGUGUUAAGAGCACCAACAAAAGCAGCAGUCUGGUCCUCUCCAAAGUUCUUCCUGUAGAUGCGGGCAGUUAUUCCCUUUUUGUUCGAAACCGAGGAGGCACAGCUCAUUGGACGAUAAACCUCAGUGUCAUUGACCGUCCAGACCCUCCAGCCUCAUGUCCUUUUGUGUCCCAGCUGACCCACACCUCUCUGGUUCUGUCGUGGUCCGGGCCGGGUUACGACGGAGGUUCGGCCAUCACGGGUUACGUGGUGGAGUUUCAGAGAUUGGACCGAACUGAGCCGGGAGACUGGACUGAGCUUGUUAACCAGUGCCUGAACACGUCUUACCGGGUCUGCUCUGGUCUCGACCCCCAGGGCGAGUAUCGCUUCAGAGUACGAGCCUGCAAUGCAGCCGGAGUCAGUGAGCCCAGCGAGGAGUCGGACUGCAUUAAGAUGGACACGGCAGGUGAACCGCCACAGGAAGUGACCUCAUAUGCGGACAUUGUGAUUGACACCACCCACAAAGCCAGGGAUGUUUAUCAUGUGCAUGAGAGACUUGGAGUGGGGAAGUUUGGGGAGGUGUACAGGAUGACCCAUAAGCAGACGGGUCAAGUGUGCGCCGGUAAAUUCUACCGGGCCCGCGUCUCGAAAGAUAAAGCAGCAGCCCGUAAAGAAAUCCAGCUGAUGAAUGAACUGCACCAUCCAAAGCUGGUCCAGUGUCUGGCGGCCUUCGACACACGUUCUGAAAUCGUCAUGAUUCUUGAGUAUGUGGCAGGUGGUGAGCUGUUUCAACGAAUCAUAGAUGAGAAUUUCGAGCACACAGAACCCACGAGUGUGAACUACAUGCGACAGAUUCUGGAGGGAGUCCAGUAUCUUCACUGUAAACGAAUCAUUCACCUCGAUCUAAAGCCUGAAAACAUCAUCUGUGUCAACAGCACUGGAACGCUCAUCAAGAUCAUUGACUUUGGAUUGGCCUGCAAACUGGAGACCGGGAAACCUGUGACGGUGCUACACGGGACUCCAGAAUUUGUGGCUCCAGAGGUCAUCAAUUAUGAGCCUAUAGAUCUGGUGACUGACAUGUGGAGCAUUGGUGUUAUCUGCUAUAUUCUGUUAAGCGGCGAGUCUCCGUUUCAGGGCGCCAGCGAUGCAGAAACUCUUGCUCUGGUAACUGCAGCACAAUGGGAGUUUGACCCUGAGAGUUUUGAAGACAUCACGGAUGAGGCUAAAGAUUUUAUAAGUGGCCUACUGGUGAAGGAUAUGAGGUCAAGACUAUCCUGUGAUAAAGCUUUAGCUCAUUCCUGGACAAACUCAUUUGCUGAGUCAAACCGCAGAGUAACCAAAUCCCUGAACAAAGAAAAGAUGAGACGAUUCCUGGCCAGGCAAAAGUGGAAGAAAACCGGCAAAGCUCUUCUUGCCCUGAAGAGGAUGUCUUACAACUCGGGCAAAUCUGACAGACCACAUUCUCCUGCUGGUUUUGUAGAUGAGCACGUGCUGGGGAAGGAGGCUGAACAAGCUGUAGCAUCUCUGGAAAAGCAGUUGAGAAGUGAACCUCGCUUCCAUCAGGUCCUGCGUGAUCGCACUGAGAACUGUGGAGCCACCGUGCACCUGACCUGUACUAUACACGGAUACCCAGACCCAGAGGUCAUCUGGCUGUUCGACGAGGAACCGCUGGAGAAAACCGAACGAGUUCAGAUGAAUUAUGACAAGGAUGGCGUGUGCACGCUCACCCUUGAUCGCAUACAACCAGAGGAUUCUGGGAUUUACAAAUGUCGUGCAGCCAACAGUCUGGGACAGGCGCUGUGUUCGGCCAGACUCAAUGUGAGGCUCUGAAAAACAGGAUCUGGAAACGUACUUUAUUUAUUUUUUAAAGAAAUUUUUAUUUCUUAAACUAUGAACACUUGGGAACUCUGGAAUGGAUGUCAUGGGUAAGAAAUGCACUUUUAGACAAUUUGUCGUUUAGUUUUAGUUGUGGAUUGUACACUUUUUGCCUCACGCUUUUCUUGUUGCCUUCAUUCAUCAGUUCAGGUUCUUUUACACUGUGAAAAAUGUUAUUCAUCUUUUAUUACUUGAGUAGUUUUAUGAUUGUACAUAAACAUUAGGACUGUUUUUCCACCGAUUGUAAAAGCCAUUUCAUUUGUUGUACAUGCAUGUAUAUAUCCAAUGUAUGAUUUUUUUUAUAAGCGACUGAUUAAAACUAUUUUAUCUA